UCUCGCGCCGCUUAUUUUUUCCGUCCCGCACAUAAAAUUCGAAACGCAAAUACGCGAUAGGAAGAGGAGGAGGAGGAGGGAGGCGGCGGCGGCGGCGGUCACGACACGGCGGCUUAGGGUUUCCUCUCGGAGCGACCCGCACAGGUGGAGGCCUGCGUCCGCGCGCGCGCGCGCGCCGCCACGGGGGGAGGUGGCUGGGCGCUGUUGAUGCCGGCAAGUCUAAAUCUCCGGUGAGCCCCCUCUGAUUCCGGCAGCCGCAUCACCAUGCCGACCAUCACACACUACGUGCUGGACCCGUUACUGGAGACCGGGUCGGCCACACAGACCCAGAAGGCUACUCCCAGGCCGCCGCCAGCUCCUCCGCUGCCUCAGGAGAGGCCAAUACCUGUGCCGGCGGCUCCUGUCAGGAUAGCGCAGACAGUGUCGGUGACGCUGUACGCCGCGCCUGAGAGCUCAUCGUUGCCGGAUUCGCCUUCCUCAUUCCAGGGAAGCUGGUCACCUUACCUCGUCAACCAUAAAAGGCGGGGACCCUGCUUGGCGAAGACACUUUCCCAGGGGGAUGUUGGUAGUGAGUGUAGCCAGCCAAAUCUCCCUGUGACGCUCCCUCUAUUGCCAAGAAGAAGUCAAUCCUUUGAAGUGCAAGAGCCUGAGCUUGCGUUUCAGCAAGCAAGCAAUGGUGCCCUUGAAGGUGAUAAUGGGGUGGUGGAGAACCUUGAGAGGCAGAAUGGAAUGCUACAGAAGGGCAAGGGUACUGUUUCAGGCGAAGAUGAGCAUGAUAAGGCUGAAUUUGAGUUUCAGCACGGAAAUCUUGAUGCGUUAGUGAGGCCUGUCAAUGUUGUAAGGUCUGCUAAUGGUGGAACACCAAGGAAUGUCAUCAAUAAUGAUGCCUUCUUUGAGCUUCAGGAUUCAUUGAGCGUGGCUAGUAACUCUGAGGCUGAGGAUGCUGGCGGGCAUGAGCGGUGGUGGAAACCCAGUUCCCCUUUUGGGACAUCUGUUGGCACACCUGGUGCAGAAUUCUAUGAUGCAUUUGAAGAAAUAUCCAGUGAUGGUGCAACUCGAUCUUCACAAUGCAUGGAUGAUGAUCUUCGUGAAAUGAGGUUGAGUCUGUUGAUGGAAAUUGAGAAAAGGAAGCAAGCUGAGGAAGCACUUGAGAACUGGCAAAAGGAGUGGAAGAAGCUGAGUGAUCACCUAUCACUUAUUGCCUUGACACUUCCACCUCCAAGUUUAGCUGAGAACACUGAUGAUUCAAGCAUGGAUCCUGGAGCUGAGCUGUGCCAACAAAUAACUGUUUCACAACUUGUAGCUGCUGCUAUUGCAGGGGGGUUUGCUCGCGCAGAAGUUGAGUCAGAUAUGGAGACUGCAAUCGCAGGAAAGAACUUUGAGAUUGCAAGGCUAUCAGAUAGGGUCCAGUACUAUGAAGCUGCAAACAGGGAGAUGUCUCAAAGAAACCAAGAGGCUAUUGAGAUGUCAAGGCAACAACGAAGCAUCCGAAAGAAGAGGCAGAAGUGGUUCUGGGGAUCGGUUGGGCUUGCUGUUACCCUUGGCACAGCUGCCAUUGCCUGGUCCUACCUACCUUCAGCGCAGCCCCAAGCCAAGACAGACUCUAAUAGCACCAACAGCGAUUAGAGCUAGAUGAAGAUGUAUCUUCUCCACCUUUCAGAAAUCCUAACAAGCUCUAACUAUACAAUCCUAGAAGAAAGAAAAGAGUGUAUAAGUUCUCUUUUGGUGAUCGGCUGUGAUCACUGUAAUCUUCAUUGUCGUGUCUUGUAAAAUGUCGAAUGGGCCUCUUCCUCCAGGACUGGCUCCGUUCCCUCACAGUAAAUCCCUCUUUGCAUAGUUGGUUGUGCAAAAUAAUACGAGGAAUGUGGAUGGGUAGUAAUCCAUGGUCCAUGCAAACUCCAGUGGAGUUGAUUUUGAAAACCGCAAUUUUGAUCU